UCUCCUUGUACACUUUGACGCCAUCUUGAAAUUACACCUUAGUUUGUUUGAGCAGCUCCUAAAUUAAACAGCACAAUUGUUUUUCAUUUUUAAAUGCUGCACAAUCCGGUAUGAGCAGUUCUCGACGCAAACCAGCAUCGACUUUCAACAAGACACACGGGGACGUUGAUCCGGACCGAAAGACAGUCGGAGGAAUGCUGAAAAAGCUCAAAUCGAAGCGGAGUCAAACGGAAAAGUGGCCCGUUGUCACCGAGGAUGAGCUUAAGGCGCUGGGAAGUGAUAUUUCCCCAGAUCACGUCCUAGGUCUCCGAGAUGUUACCGAGGAUUACUUGUGUAAGCCUGAAGACAAUAUUUACAAUAUUGACUUCACACGAUUCAAAAUCCGAGACUUGGAGACAGGAACAGUCCUUUUUGAAAUAGCUAAACCUCCUAUCAGUGGUCCUGUUGAAGGUGAAGAAGAGGGUGCAGAUGUAGACAUCAGUGCUGGACGUUUUGUAAGAUAUCAGUUUACUCCAGCCUUUCUAAAACUGUGCACAGUUGGUGCUACUGUUGAAUUUACAGUUGGUGAUCGACCAAUUAACAGCUUUCGGAUGAUUGAAAGACAUUACUUUCAGGGGCGUCUUCUCAAGAACUUUGACUUUGACUUUGGCUUUUGCAUUCCCAAUAGCCGAAACACAUGUGAACAUAUUUAUGAAUUUCCACAGCUUCCAGAAGACCUGAUUCGCCAAAUGGUGGAGCAUCCAUAUGAGACCAGAUCAGACAGUUUCUACUUUGUGGACAACAAACUCAUCAUGCACAAUAAGGCAGACUACGCCUACAAUGGUGGUCUGUAAUGCUGUACAGGACAAAUUGUGUGCAAUAUGAAAUCUAUCCUGAGGCUCCCUAAGGUGGAGUUGAAGUGUUUUCUCAAAGUAAAGACAGAUCACAGCAACAAUCUCCAAAACCAGCGGACCACAUCUGCCUUCAUAUGAACUCAUUCAUCAGCACAGCACAGCACAGCACAGAGCUCACGCCGUGGGACACAAGGGACAGCUGUCCUAAAUAUUUCUUUCUUUUCUCAGUUUGUGUUAUGUUUUCCUUUAAAACUAUUGCCUUACUUUUUGUUGUCUCUGCUGGAAAGGGACACUUUAGUGACACACCUUUACGGGAAGAUCUAGUAGACCUCCAUCAGAAGUUUAGAACUAGAAUUUGAACUACCUUUUGCUUGUGAAGUGUGUUUUUGUUUUGUUUUGCAAAAAUUACAUGAAUUAGAUGUGUUGCAGUAUUUUAAGUAUACAUCAUUAUGUUAUCAGUAGUUCCGUAAUUUAAAAAUCUUAAUUAAGCAUGUGCACCAUUUGCAUACCUAUAUUUAAACAGGAUACAUUUUUACAAGGUAUAAUGUAGGAUUUGUCUUAAUAUUAAAUUCCUGUUGGAACUGAUCUCCCCAGCUAACUAUUUGGUUAAAAUGUGUUACUCCGUAUGCUUUAUAUACAUUUGUGUCCAAAAUACAGUUCAGGUGCUAAAUUGAAAGAUUUGCCAAUGGUUGAGUCCCAUUUCCUACUAGUAGUAUUAUGUAGUGUAAUUACUGAUUUUGCUCUAGGGAACACAUCCAUUUUUCUUUUGUCAGUGUAUAAAGAUUCAAUAGUUUCUCUUGUGGUGAACUAUUAUGUUUUCAAAUGUAUUAUGUUCAAACCAACUUUUGACUGAAUUAACAUAUUUCUGUGCCUUGUCUUGUACAUAGUGGCCCUCUGAAUGGACACUAAUGUCUCUGACCAAAAGACAAGGCUCAAAGUCUGCAGCUCUACAUAGACACAUAGAACAUUCCAUAUAGAAUAGGCUAUGUGUAGGAUUUUUUCAGUAAUAUGGCUAUGAUAAUGUAUAGCAAUUAUGAGCUGCAUGCAAGGACAACUGUUGCCUUUGGCUCAUGAUGUUUUUCAUCAGUAGUUUUAGUUUUCUUGAAAAGGUCAUUUUUCAGCCUCAGUUCAUGUGAUCUGAAUUUCGGGUAUGCUGGCAGGGGCCUCCCAGUAUAGCCCAACUUUUCUCAAUCAUGUAUACUGACUGCUCAUUUAUACAAGCAUAGUGAUUGUUGUAUAUCAUUUUAUUUUAUGUUUUUGCCCUGAGGGAACACAUAUUUUCAUGUAUUGAUAAAUUAUUUAAUUUACAUUUGCCUUUAUACGUCAUCAUGGACUUGUCAACCUCAAUGCUUAAACAGAACAAACAUAUCACAAUGUUUACCAAUGAUAUAAUUUAAUUGUAUGCAUCCGUAAGGGUACGUCCAUAAAAUGUAGCUUUUUAUAAACAAGUGUAUUAACACACCAAACUCACAUGAUUUGUUGC